AUGCUUAAACCAGUCAAUAAGCUAUCUAAAAUUAAAUCUAAAUUUAACAAGUUAUCCAAGAAACUAUCCAAUUCAAUCCAGGCACCAGAAGAUUUAAGGAAUAUUUUUAAUUACUUCUGUAAGACAAAUACCCAUGAUAGAUCAAUAUUUGAAAGUGAUGGUUACUAUGAAUACCAAGCCUUUUAUAGAAACAAAAAGAGUACUGACAAGCAGUUGACUGGUAUCCUAAUAAACGAAACUUGGAACCCUCAACAGUCAACUAUUACAGUGAAUUCAGAAGAUUUGACAGCCAAAGAAUUUGCAGACAUUGCUGGUAUCCGUAUUCUGCCCGAAAAUGAACGGGAAUUUACGAUGGAUUCUAUGCUUGUCACAAUGUCUUCUAAACGCACCUCCAUUUCUACUUGUUCCAUAAAGCAGCCGCACAUCUGGGACUCAGAGUUCUGGACACCCCAAUCAAUAAUGCUGCCAUUAUCUAGAAAUAACAGUAAUCCGCCAAUAUUACAUGAACUGCGUCAAACGAAUAACAAGAAAAUCAUUAAAAAAGGUCGUUUUGAGAUUCAACUAGAUGGUUAUAGCUAA